AUGGCUUUGACCGAAACGUUACACCAAGCCAUUGAAACGGAACUGGACCGCGAGCAGCGACCCGCUCAUCAUUUUGUGAAUUUUGCCAUCACGGCUCAUGGAUUCACCCACGCCUACCAAACAGCGAAUUUCACCGUGGGGGAAUUUUUACAGCGCACUGCUCGUUUGGAUGAGAUGUUAGCCACCUUGGCCGGCAAGUUGAAUAGCAAUGAAGCCUUCAACCCCGAUCGCGGUUUCCAAGUGGAUGUGGUGUUUGUCUCCAUGCCUGGUCGAGGGUCCGGUCGACGUAAACAACACAAUCCUGGUCGACUGUGCCUGGAUCGAGAGAAUAAGAAAAAAAAAUGCAUCAUCCCCAUCCGAAACAGAGAUGCCUUAUGCUGUGCCCGUGCUAUCGUCACCGUGCGAGCCCAUUGCCAUAAAGAUCAAGGCGUGGACGGGUUUCGCGACUGGGAGAAUCUCAAACGUGGGUGUCCUGUGCAGUUACGACAAGCCCAAGAAUUACAUCAGGAAGCAGGGGUGGCUGAGGGUCCCUGUGGUUUGCCAGAACUUCGCCAAUUUCAACAGGCGUUGGGGUCUCAAUAUCAACUCUUGGUGAUGACUCGGAUGAAACCGUUUUUUCUGAUUUUCAAAGGACCCACUGCCCCUCAUCAGAUUCGUUUACUGAAAUCCAAUGAUCAUUUUGAAGGCUGCACGUCUUUUCCUGCUUUUGUGAACCGCUCUUAUUAUUGCCUGGACUGUGAACGGGGGUUCAACACCAACGACCGAACCAAUCAUACCUGUCAAGGGAGACGCUGCAAAGCGUGCGGUCGAUUUGAUUGUCAGGAUUGUGUGCGCGGUACCCGCCCCACGGAGUAUUGCAGUCUGUGUCACUGCCAGUUUUACGGUGGGUAUUGCAAACGUCAUCAUGAAGUCACCAAGCAAUGUCAAUCCAUCAAAAUCUGUCUCAAGUGCCAGGCCCAGUACACGGUCGUCCCUAACCAUUACGAGCCGCAAGGUCGAUUUUCGUGCACGUACCAGGGAUCCUUAAUUUCCAUGGAGAUACCCACAAACUGGACUCAAGUAACUACAAGGCGUUAGUCUUGACACAUUUCCUUGCGCACCUCAGGUGUGCACAUUAAUCGCUUUCUGUCAGUUCAUCUGUCAAUAAACUCAUUUUAGGACAGGACACAAAUUUGCGUCAAAUAUCAGAGCUUGUCUUCUGCGCGCCGAAUUUAUACCAUCGGAGCGAGAUAUUUUAACUCAGCUAUGGUUCUCGUCAAAAUCACUUAAUGAAAAUACUUGAAUUCAUGGUUGGUGUUAAAAAAGGGUCUUGGUGCAAGUCUUGGAAAAAAAAGAAAUAUUUUUUUCGUUUCUUAAGCGAAAGGCAAAAUCUAGCGCUUUAUGAAGGUCGAAUUCGAACCCUCCAAAGUAAUAAUUAUUCGGUACGUUACCUGGUAAGUUACAUAUUGUCGCCGAAAUGGUUUCAAAAGUUCAACGUGAAGAGUUCUGGAUGUUAUUUCGCAUUAUGUCCGAAGGACAGAAACUGUGUUCGCCGAUAUAAGGUAAGAGAGACCUUUAUUAUUUAAAAGGUAGAGGAGCAGCUUGUUAUGGCUCUCGCAUGCGGAGUUCGAGCACAUCGGUGAAGCCGGUUUGACGACACUGAGGAAAACUGAGGAAAAUAUUUACUUGCCUUUGGUAUUGUGUAUAUCCUCGAUCACUAUACAAUAACGCACAAAUAUUAUAAUUCAAAGGGCAUUUACAACACGCGCCAAAAGAGCCGUGAUCCCGCCAAAAUGCUCGAACCAUCUAACAGAGUGUAAAAAGGGGGCUGGUAGGCAACACACGACUUUUACCUCGUGCCAAAAUGCUGCUUGUUCCAAAAAUUGUUUUCUCUGGUGGGUAUAUUAUAUUCUGGGUUCUACUCUUUGAAUGAGUAAAUGUGAAUUUUGCCGCUUGUUUCAUACUGAGAGGUCAUGACACGCAUAUUGAUUUUCUGCGGUUAUUGUUUCUGGUCGGCAUGAUUUGUCCUCUGAUGCAAGAGCACUUUCUUCGACCUCUUUUGAAACGUAAAUCUCUUCCUUUGCGGCUAAAUAAGAGUUUUAGGUUGUUUAGUCUUCUCCAAAGUGCCUCCUGGAUCUGAAUAGCUAAAGGCGAUAUUCUUUUGUCCGUGAAUGUGAUGGUUUCCUUCAAUUUAUGUCACGCUGGGCCCAGCUCGUUUAGUAUUUUCUGCACGAUGUUAGAUUUUCACCGAAAGUGAUUUACAGAUCCAAAUUUCUAGGAAUGGAUUAUAGGAACGCAUUUUGUGAAGAGAGAUUUUUUAAGUAAAAAGAACUCGGAUCCUUAAAUCGAUCGUGUUUUAGCUAGCCAAUUGCAAUUUUCAUAUCCUGUGUUAGUUCGGAUAAUUCAGAAGGGCAAAAAGCUCGUAGCCUGAAUAGACCAUGUUUUACUAGCUAGCCAAUUGCAGUUUUCUUACGCUGUGUUAGUUUGGUUACUCUCUCCUCUCCCUCUUGGCUUCCAGGCGGCACGCCCAAGUUUAAGAGGUGAAGAGAGAUUUAUUUAAAUUGAAACACUCGUAGCUUUAGUCGAUCAUGUUUUACUAGCUAGCAUAUUGCAGUUUUUAUACGCUGUGUUAGUUCGGAUAAUUCAGUAGGUUAUUCUCUCCUCUCCCUCUUAGCUUACAGGCGGCGCGCCCAUGUUUAAGAGGUGAAGAGAGACUUUUUUCAAGGGUAAAAAACGUGUAGCUUUAGUCGAUCAUGUUUUACUACCUAGCCAAUUGCAGUUUUCAUGCGCUAUGUUAGUUUGCAUAAUUCAGUGGAUUAUUCUCUCCUCUCCCUCUUAGCUUACAGGCGGCGCGCCCAAGUUUAAGAGGUGAAAAGAGAUUUUUUUCAAGGGUAAAAAACUCGUAGCUUGAAUCGAUCAUCUUUUACUAUCUAGCCAAUUGCAGUUUUUAUGAGCUAUGUUAGUUUGGAUAAUUCAGUAAAUUUUUCUCUCCUCUCCCUCUUAGCUAACAGGCGGCACGCCCAAGUUUAAGGGGUGAAGAGAGAUUUUUAAAGGGGAAAAAACUCGUAGAUUGAAUCGUCAUGUUUUACUAGCUAGCCAAUUGCAGUUUUCUUACGCUGUGUUAGUUUGGUUACUCUCUCCUCUCCCUCUAGGCUUCCAGGCGGCACGCCCAAGUUUAAGAGGUGAAGAGAGAUUUAUUUAAAUUGAAACACUCGUAGCUGUAGUCGAUCAUGUUUUACUAGCUAGCAUAUUGCAGUUUUUAUACGCAGUGUUAGUUCGGAUAAUUCAGUAGGUAUUCUCUCCUCUCCCUCCUAGCUUACAGGCGGCGCGCCCAAGUUUAAGAGGUGAAGAGAGAUUUUUUAAGGUAAUAAACUCGUAGAUUGAAUCGUCAUGUUUUAGCUAGCUAGCCAAUUGCAGUUUUCAUGCGCUGUGUUAGUUUAGAUAAUUCAGUAAAUUUUUCUCUCCUCUCCCUCUUAGCUUACAGGCGGCGCGCCCAAGUUUAAGAGGUGAAGAGAGAUUUUUUAAGGUAAAAAACUCGUAGAUUGAAUCGUCAUGUUUUAGCUAGCUAGCCAAUAGCAGUUUUCAUGCGCUGUGUUAGUUUAGAUAAUUCAGUAAAUUUUUCUCUCCUCUCCCUCUUAGCUUACAGGCGGCGCGCCCAAGUUUAAGAGGUGAAGAGAGAUUUUUUUCAAGGGCAAAAAGCUCGUAGCCUGAAUAGACCAUGUUUUACUAGCUAGCCAAUUGCAGUUUUCUUACGCUGUGUUAGUUUGGUUACUCUCUCCUCUCCCUCUUGGCUUCCAGGCAGCACGCCCAAGUUUAAGAGGUGAAGGGAGAUUUUCUUAAAGUGAAUAGUACAUAGCUAAAAUCGAUCGUGUUUUAGCUAGUAAAUGCAGCUUUUUUACAUUGCUUUAGAUGGUUUAAGAGAGACUUUUUUCAAGGGUAAAAAACUCGUAGCUUGAAUCGAUCAUGUUUUACUACCUAGCCAAUUGCAGUUUUCAUGCGCUAUGUUAGUUUGCAUAAUUCAGUGGAUUAUUCUCUCCUCUCCCUCUUGGCUUACAGGCGACACGCCCAAGUUUAAGAGGUGAAGAGAGAGUUUUUUCAACGGUAAAAAACUCGUACCCUGAAUAGACCAUGUUUUACUUGCUAGCCAAUUGCAGUUUUCAUACGCUGUGACGAAGAUUGCGACGCUGAACGUCGCAAUCCUCCGAAAAUCGAGCCUGCGGCUUGUAAUGAACGUCAUCAGUGCGGGCACGCCAAAUGCCCCGUGUGUCGGGCAUGGGUGCCCAUCCAGGACCACAAGUGUUACAUUCAACCCGUGGUGGAGGACGAGGAGCCAGAACCAACCGAGGAGGGGGGAGGUUGCAUGGUGGCGCCACCCUCUCCCCUGUUUGUUUAUGCGGAUUUUGAAGCCAUGCAAAAUGCGGAAGGGGUGUUUGUGGCUAAUUUGUUGUGUUAUUCGUCCAGCGAAGAAACCACCAUUCAUGUGUUGGACGGGGAGGACUGUGCCCUACAAUUUUUGCGUGAUUUGGAUGACCUGGUUCAUGUGUUGGCCAGUGAGGAGGAGCGGGAGAUUCUCGUGGUGUUUCACAAUUUGAAAGGUUUCGACGGUAUGUUUAUUUUGCACGAACUGUACCAGCAACAACGCGAGGUGGCGGAUCAACUGACCGUGGGCGCUAAAGUGUUGUCCUUCAAGAGCGGACCCCUCAAAUUCAUUGACUCGUUGUGUUUCUUGCCCAUGCCACUCGCCUCUUUUCCCAGCACCUUCAAUUUGACCGAAUUAAAGAAGGGCUUCUUUCCUCAUUUGUUCAAUACCCCCGACCACCAACAGUACGUGGGCCGCAUCCCCGAUUUGGAAUUUUACGAUCCCGAGGGCAUGAUGGCCAAAAAGAAAGACGAACUGACUCGUUGGCACGCGGAUCAAGUCCGUCGCAAUGUGCCCUUUGAUUUCCGUCAAGAAAUGAUCGAGUAUUGCAAAUCGGAUGUGGCUCUGUUGAAAGCCGGGUGUGAAGCCUUUCAACAAGAAUUUGAACGGCAGGCUGGCUUCAAUCCCAUGGCCAAAUGUAUCACCAUCGCCAGUGCCUGUAAUCUGUAUUGGCGCAAGCACCAUUUGACCCCUGACACCAUUGCCGUCGAACCUCUGGGGGGCUGGCGAGGGGCCCAAGUCAAUCAAUCCCUCAAGGCCCUGCAAUGGCUGUACUACCAAGAACACCUCCUUCCCAAGCAGGGGGCCAGUGCCGACCGCAUUCGACACGUCCGUAACGGGGGCGAACAGUCCGUCCGAACCAUCGCCAACAGCUAUUUUGUCGAUGGGUACGAUCCUCUGACCCGCACUGUCUACGAGUUUCAUGGGUGUCUCUACCAUGGCUGUCCCCGCUGUUAUCCCAACCGUUCCGUCAAGCAUUAUGCGGUGCCAGACCGAAGCGUCGAAGAACUGUAUCAGGCCACGCUCUCCAAACGCAUGGCCCUGCUCCGAGCAGGCUACACGGUGAUUGAAAUGUGGGAGUGUGAAUGGGAUCAAUUGGUGGACACGAGUGAAGCCGUCCAAUGUUUCCUGAAGUCGUUCGAUCUCCCACCACCCCUGGAACCCCGCGAGGCCUUUUUUGGGGGUCGCACCGGCGCGGUGGCCCUGCAUGUCGUGGCUGAAGAGGGCGAGGAGAUACGCUAUGUGGAUGUGACCUCCCUGUACCCUUGGGUGAACAAGAACUGCCCUUACCCUAUCGGCCAUCCGAAGAUCAUCACCCAACCUGCCGACCAGUCCCUGGAUUCGUAUUUUGGUCUGGCGACCGUAGAUAUUCUUCCCCCGGCUGGCCUAUUCCACCCCGUCUUACCUGUACGUUGUGGCCAAAAGCUCACCUUUCCUCUCUGCCGUGCCUGUGUCCAGGCGGAGCAAGCCCAACCCAUGUUGACUAGAACGCACUAUUGCCCUCAUUCGGACGCCGAUCGCACGCUACGUGGAACCUGGUGCACGCCCGAGCUGGUCAAAACCGUCGAAAAGGGGUACACCCUUAUCAAGAUCCACGAAGUCUGGCAUUUUCCCCCCGAGCAACGCCAAACGGGUCUUUUCGCCAAUUACGUCAACACUUGGUUGAAGUUGAAACAAGAAUCCGCGGGGUGGCCCAACUGGUGUCAGACUCUCGAGCAGAAACGAGACUAUAUUCUUCGCUACCAGGAACGAGAGGGCAUCCGACUGGACAUCGCCAGCAUUGCCAAAAAUCCCGGUCGCAAGGCCACGGCCAAACUGAUGUUGAACAGUUUCUGGGGUAAGUUUGGCGAGCGUAUCAACAAACCCACCACCGUCACUGUCCAAGACCCCGCCCAUUUGUUCAGACUCAUCUCCAAUGCUGCUCUCGAUAUCAGCACUCUCCGCCUCUGUACUGACGACAUCUUGGAGGUCGUUUACACCAGUGUCCAAGACAAUGCCGUCAAAGGUACCAAGACCAAUAUCUUUGUGGCGGCCUUCACCACCUGUCACGCCCGGUUGAAGCUCUACGAGUCUCUCGACACCCUUCAACAGUAA